UAAUUAUUUUUCAAUAGUACUUUUUGUUAAGCAGUUUCAAUUUAUAUUAAAUCGAGUUAAUUAUCUUUGUUCGUUUGCUGUUUUCGUGAUUUGCUUGAGCUAAGCAAAGUGACGACGCCGUUUGUCGACCGAAUCGACAACGACAACGACGCUAUGCGACCGCAUUUCCUCUUUGGACGAACAUAAAAACAAAAGACAAAGUGCACUACUUGGAGUUCACCUGGCCAACUGUUGUGGACGCCAAUUAGCCUUAGAUGCUCAGGUUGCAUGUACAGCAUUACUACAUUACUUGGUAAACAUUGCAGUGACGGCAGCAUAAAAUUUAAGGCAGGGCAAGGCAACCAAGACGGCGUCUAUUGGAUAAAAGCCCGCACCGCAACCACCGCCAACUAUAAAUGAAAAGCAACAGCAGCAGCAACAACAACAACCACAUCAACAUCAACAGGAGCAAGGAGAAGAAGUCCUGGCGAUGCAAUUGAAAGCGCCAAAGGGCAGGAAUAUGGCCAGUUUGAAAGAUGAGGAACUGGCAGCGAAUAAUCGACAAAACAAUAAUAAUAAUAAUAAUAAUAACAGCAAUUGUAGUUCAAGUAACAAUGCCAGCACUAGCACCAACAACAACAACAAUAAUAGCAACAACAAUAAUAAUAAUAAUAAUAUAAAUGAGGAUGCGAGCAGCAAGCGAGAAUCGUUGGAGGCACGUAAACAGAAUCUGGAGCAGCGUUUAAGCGAAAAGAGUUGGCUGCUGCAGCAGAUCCAGAAGCAGGAGACGGCGACAAUCCAUGGCAACUACGAGCACCUGACCAUCAAUGAGUUCUUUGCCCAGCUGGCCCAGCAAUACAAGCAUGAGCAACAGCUGCAGGCUCUGUCCAAGGACAACAACGCCUUGCUGCGUCGCAAACAGAGCACCAACAGUCGCGGCGACAGUCAGAGUCACAACAACAUCAACAACAACAAUAAUCGGCACUCUGAGACGCAUUCGAAUCGCAGCUCGGAGUACGAUAAUUAUCAGCCAGUUGGCGCUGUUGGGGACAUGUUGGUCAUAGGCGUGGCACAACAACAGUCGCAACAGCAUCCGCAUGUCAAGAGUGCACUGAAAAAGCGACCAACUCCCACACCCACCUUGCAGUAUGUGACGCAGACACAACAACGACAGCAGCAGCAACAGCAGCAUCAACAGAUGCCACAACAGCAACAUAUCAUGCUGCAGCAGCAACUCCAUCAUAUGGAGGCAUAUGCCUAUCAGCAGCAGCAGCAACAACAACGCGCCCAACCUGAUGUCAUAUCCAUGUAUUCGGCCAACUCAUCGAAUGUUGCAACACUGCGCCAACAACACGUGGCACCGCAGCAACAACCCAUCAUUGUGCAGUGCGACAAGUAUUAUCUGUCGCCCACGCAUCAGAGCUAUAACGAGGGGGGAUUUAUAAAGUCGAGUCAAAACAUUAAAAAGUAUGUGUCGCCCCUCGCUUCCCCAAGCGCCAUUAGCUACGAGCAGUCGUCGCUGCAGCACCAGCAGCAUCAGCGCCAACUGGAUGCCAUCUCAUUGGCGCCCAGUUACAUGUCUGUCGAGGUGGAGAGUGUGCAACAGCAGCAGUAUCGUUGGCGCUCUCAAUCCCACAUUGCAGCACUGACGCCACCGCAUCCGCACCAGAAUCCCAUUCAGAGCAUGACCGCUGCCAUGUCCGCUGAGGCAAAGUCGCAUUCCAGCGACAUGCUGGCAGCUCCCUUGCCCCGUUACAACCUUAAACCGAAGCCCCUCGACGAGAUAUCGUUGUGCUCGACGUCCGUUGAGAAGAAGCCCAAGCCCAAACAGUGGCUGGAGUCGUCGCUCGAUGGACCUGCUGUUGUGCGCCAGAUUGAAUCUACAGCUCACAGUCCUGUCAGCAGCAGUGGCAGCAGCGUCGCUGCCGCCGCCGGCAUCGCCCCCAAACCGCGAACCAAGCUCUCCUCACAGUCGAUGUCAGUGUCGGGUCGUCACUAUUCGAUGUCCGCUCAACGGAGUGCGCACAACUAUGCACCUGCUGGCUAUGCGGUUCCUGGUAGCUCGAAGGCUCUCCAGCAUGCAGAUGAACGGUUUGCCAAGCUUAGUCAGUCCACCUCGUAUCUGAAUGCUAUGGAACAGACGGUGGGCAUAUCGGCUUCGUAUCCACUCGAACCGCUUGAUAUUCCGCCAUUUAGGCAUCUGCCACCCAAACCCAACCACAAUCAACAGCCGACGCCGCCACCGAGGCCACCACCAGUCGGCAACAGCAACAACAACAACAACAACAUUAGCAACAAUAGUCCGAAUAUUAACAACAACAACAACAUGUUGCAGAAUGCUCUGGUGUCGCCACCGCUGGCAGUUGCCACAGCCCCAGCCGCAGCUAGCCUGUCGCCCGACAUUCGCAUUGAAUCGCCUAAGAACAUGACCGUCGUGCAGCAGGCAACCUUCCAGCCCUACAAGGAGGUCACAAAGCCCUUUGAAAUGUCCGAUUUCUAUAAAUACUCAACAAAGUUCAAGCAGAAAGAAGGCGGCCGACCUGAAUGACAGCAACUUUUCUUUUCUUUCUUACUUUAUUUUUUUUUAGUAUAUUUUAUGGUAUUGACUAACCAUAUUUAUGAUAUUGUAUUUGACCAACGAGAGUUGAUCUACCAUUAUGAAAUUGGUAAACUUUCUCGCAGGUAUACAUUUGUGAUUAACGCACAUAUUUGUAUGGAUUAUAGGAAUUCAAACUCUAAUCGAUAUAUAACAAAACAAACUAUUUUUUGUACGCUCAACGGAAUGAAUUAAUUGUAAUAAGAAAUUGAAACGAACUGCCAAAAUUGGUAAUUGAUAUGCCACAAAUUGUACAUUGACAUUAUGCCUUCGCGAUACGCCUUUCCAAUUUAUUAAAGUAUAUUUACUGAUAUUGCAUUUACAAAUUGCACUAAAUGGGACGAUUUUAGAUAAACUUAUUGUUAAUAGUGUACCAAACAGAUUGUACACUAACUUGAAUAAUUGUAUACAUAUGAGCUUGUUUUACAGUAUAAGAAA